AGUCGCGUGUGGUGGAUGCAUUUCCCUCACGGACACGCGACUAGCUGGUAGACGUACGUGUGCCAGCAGUCUUUCUCCGGCCCGGACGUGGAUGACACAGUGAACCGGGUUAUUAAAACUUCGUAUAUUCACGUAAACAACAACGAAAAAUAAGCGUUUAGACCUUGAGUACAGAGGAUUAUUACCACUUGUGAAGAGAAUUGCGUUAAAUGGUGCAGACAUCUGCGUAAUGGUGCUGAAAGUUGCGUAAUACUGCAAUGUGCUCCUCAACAGACUCCAGCAUGGCAGAUACGCAGAAAUCCCGCAGAAGUAACAAGCCGCUGAUGGAGCGCAGACGAAGGGAGAGAAUCAAUCAUUGUCUCAACGAACUCAAGACCUUGGUCCUCACCGCUCAGAGGAAAGAUCCAACCCGGUACAGCAAGUUAGAGAAGGCGGACAUUCUAGAAAUGACGGUGCGCCACGUACAGUCUCUCCAUCGUCAGGAGAUUUCAACCUCCCGUAACCUCAACGCUGACUCCACCGCCAAAUAUCGCGCUGGCUUCUCCCAGUGCGCCGCCGAGGUCAGCAGAUUCCUCUCCAGUUUGAGUGGUUUGCCUCCUAACCUUCACGCCCGCGUCCUCUCGCACCUCAGUGCCUCUGCCUCACCAGAACCUCCAAGCGUGAAGACUGAAACGGAAGUAGAGGGCGUCCCGGUGCCCAAGGCGUCGCCUCAGCCACAAGAUGCACCACAAGGGGUGCCUCUAGUCCAGGCACGACUGGUAUCAGGACAGCUGGCACUGGUUUUGCCAGCCUGGACUGCCAUUCCGUCUGGAAACAGUUCCCCUAGCAAUGCAGCUUCACCGGAGGCUGCAGGUGCUCCCUCCUCCCCGGAGUCAGCACGGGGCAGCCCACAGUCCACGCCUGACGCCCCGGAAGACCGAGCCAGCCCCGAGACCUGCACCAGCAGUAAUAAUUUACCGUCCACCCGCUUGGAACAACCGUUCAGCCCCACCAGUCAACCCGUGGCUGCAACAGGUCACCAACCAGCCCCACAGAUGGUGCCACUAGACCUGGCCACACCCCAUCGUCGCUCUGGCCCUCUGGCACAAGGAUCCACCAGACAACGAGCCUUUACAGUGUCUGUGGGCGUGGCACCGUCCCCGCCUCACACUCGUAAAGCUGCGGUAUUUGCCAGCCCCGCCUCACCACCUGUGGCACAGCGACCUUUAAAAUGUGUUACCGUGGCUGCAGCAGCGAGCGGACAGUGCCACAGGCUUCGUGAAGUUCGUCACGCUCCUUACCCCCCUCACAACCCCACUCACAAACCAAACCACAACCUCCACCACCAGCAGAACCCACACUGGCGCCCUUGGUGAACCUACAGCUAUUACAAAAGCAAGAUUUUAUCAUAAUAUCUUACUCAAGGAGAGACUUAUCAACUUUAAUAAAGCUCUCUCUAACCUAAACAUUAUGAUAAACCCUUAAGCAGUUUCACAUGUAUUUUUCCUGUGUCCUUUUCAUCUGCUUUUUGCCUCUAAUACCUAAUCUCAGUGGUCACAUGAACCACUCGUCAUACAUGUAUAUAUUCACCUGAAAUGUAUAUUGUUGGAUGCAGAAAUGAACAAAAAAUGACUUCUUCCGGUCCUGUUAUCAGUGCCUUUGUAAUUCUGUACCUGAACCACUGGCAUGUGUCCUGUGUCACUGCAGGUGGCUUGAAUCUCAUUGUCUUUCAUCAAUAUUAUUUUUAACCAAUGUUAUUUUCUACGCAAUUCUUACACAUCUAUAAACUACUGUAAAUAUGACUUAGUGUUCCUAAUUCCGAUGGUGCUGUGAUGUGCGUGUGUGGUGUAUUUACCUGUCGUUGCAGGGGGUGUCGAUCCUUAGCUCCUGGCCCCGUUUCUCCGAUGGCAGGCACUGGGUUCGCUCUUCUAGCUGCGCAAGCUCCAUGUGUGUGUGUUGUGUGUAUACAGUGUGUAUGCCAUGAAGAAGAGUGAGUAGUUCCUGUUUGUGUAUGUACGUGUACCAUUAAGGUGUGUACAAACGCACGUGUAUUUCACAGGAGAGAUGCUUGGUACGCUUGCUCAAGAGAGAGAGAGAGAGAGAGAGAGAGAGAGAGAGAGAGACUGACAAGAGUUGAUGAUCGUAAGUUAUGUUGUUGAACGAGAGAGGCUGGUGACAGUAUUUCACUCCCUCUAGUAAGACCUCUAGUAGUGAACACUCAAGAAGGGGGGGGGUUGUUUAAAACUAGCUGGGGUUGUUUAAAACCAGCUAGGAGUGUUCAAAACCAGCUGGGGGUGUUCAAAACCAGCUGGGGGUGUUCAAAACCAGCUGGGGGUGUUCAAAACCAGCUGGGGGUGUUCAAAACCAGCUGGGGGUGUUCAAAACCAACUGGGGGUGUUCAAAACCAGCUGGGGGUGUUCAAAACCAGCUGGGGUGUUCAAAACCAGCUGGGGGUGUUUAAAACUAGCUAGGGUUGUUCAAAACCAGCUGGGGUUAAGUUCAACUGGUCUUAACAAGCUGGGUUACACUUGUUUUCCCCUUGACUGUAAUAACUCAUUGGAAACUCAAAAAAAUCAUUACCAGUACAAAUAUGAGUGCAUAUGUACCUAUAUUUCAUAAAUAAAUAU